AGCAUAUAUUCAUGAUAACAAAAUGAAUAUUAUCAAAGCAUUAGAAGUUUGUCGAAUGCGACUUGAAAUUUUUUCACUUUGGAACAAAUAGUGAAAACCCUUCGAAAAUGAAUCGGUUCGCGAAAAUCUUCUGUUCAAUUGUUCUUUUUGAGAUAUGUCACGCGAGUACAAAUACACUACCGCUGAAACAAUUCGAAGGCUCGUGGACAAUACGUAAUGCCAGUGAAAAUGCUCUGCCAAUUAUAGGAAAAUGCCCAGUAAUGCAUAUUGAACCUUCCUCCUCGAAAAAUGGCAACGACGGAAUUAUCCUUUGGAGAACUAGCAUCCAAACAUUGACUUUGAGUUUAGUCAAUGUGAAUCAGGAAACUUUUCAAUUAUUUUAUCGGAAUAAUUCACGAAAUACUCUUUUGGGAAAUGUCAGUGUUCUGCACGUCGAAAAAAGCACAUAUCUCAUAACAAAAGUGCAGACACCAGGACAAACAUAUUACGCAGUCCUAACCAAAGAUAAUGAAACUUCACCUGAUACCGAUAUGAAAAUUGAAAAGUGGAACUCAUCAGCACCAAAUAAAAACAUCACGUUAGAACCAGUUGAAAAUGAAAAUUGUCAAGAAGUCAACGAAGAAACUCCAAUGAAUGAACCCAUUGACACAACUAACGGUUCGUCAAUGUUGACAACGACUGAAAGAGUGUCAAACAGUAAAGGCCAAGUGAAAAAUAAACCUCUUUCGAAUCAUCAAGAAAUAUCUACUGAGAAAAAAAUGAUAACGCCAAAUGUUACCAAUGAUUCAAAUACCGAUAUCAACAAUAUAGCAAAUAAGGAUCAAUCAGUUCCAUCGACACAUUCAACGCCAAUUUCUUCAGAAGGAUCUUGGAAGAAAGCUGAAACCUUACCGAUUGUUGGUACAAAUGAUACCAAAAAAUAUAAGGCGGGAAGAGGAUCUGGAACUGCAGCUUUCCCUUCAAAUGUAAUUGUUAUUAUUAAUAUUAUAUUUUUCCUUAUCAAUAAUGUUUUUAUCCAUGUAUGAACAUUAACCUUAUAUUAUGUUUUUCUUUAUCAAUAAUGUUUUUAUUUAUGUGUAAACAUUCAAAAUUCAGUCUAAUAAAUAUUUUUUGGUUUUUA